GGAGCGGACGUGCACGGUUCGGGAAGUCGCUGCCGUCACCGGCGCCACGACCGGGGCCGCCACCGGUGCCGCGGCCGCCAUGGAGGCGCCGCCCGCGCCCCCCGCCGCGCCCCCCGCGUCCUGCAGCGCGGCGCGGAGCCUGCAGGACGAGCUGACGUGCCCCGUGUGCCUAGAGUACUUCAACGAUCCGGUGCUGGUGGCCGAGUGCGGGCACAACUUCUGCCGCGCCUGCGUGACCCAGUGCUGGGAGGACUCGGCGCGGCGCCUCUGUUGCCCGCAGUGCCGCGAGCCGGUCCCGCAGCGCCUCUUCCGCCCCAACCGCUCCCUCGGCAACAUCGUGCACAUCGUUCGCCAGCUGGGGCUGCCGCCGGGGCCCGCCGAGCCGCCGCCGGGGCCGCCCGCGCCCGCGCCGCCGCUGCCCGCGUCCGCCCCGUCUGGCCCGCCGGGACCGCCGCGCUGCCCGCGCCACGGGGAGCCGCUGCGGCUCUACUGCGUACAGGACCGGCGGGCCGUGUGUGUCGUGUGUCACCUGUCCCGCGAGCACCGCGCCCACACCGUGCUGCCCGCCGAGGAGGCGGCCCACGCCGCGGAGGAGGUGCCCCAGGAGCACUUGAGCUCCCUGAGGAAAGGACGUGAAGAGGCCAAGGCCGAGCGGGAGCGGCAGAGCGAGGAGCUGCUGAAGCAGACAGAGGUGGAGCGGCAGAAGAUUGUGGCUGAGUGCAAGGAGCUGCGGGCGUUCCUGGAGGAGAAGGAGCAGCUCCUGCUCUCCCGGCUGGAAGAGCUAGAGAGGGACAUCGGGCGCCGAAGGGACGAGAGUGUAGCCCGGCUGGCUGAGGACAUUGCCCAGCUGGACAAGCUCCUGGCAGAGCAGGGCGGGGACGGUGGGACAGGGAACACACCUGGCGAGGGUGUCAUCCCGGCUGGGAGCAGCCUGGAGAGCUGGAUAUUCCUCAAGCCUGAGCCCGGCUUUUCUGAGCUGGAGAAGAAGCUGAAGAGCUUUUCCCAGAAGAGUGCAGUGCUCAAGGAAGUGUUGCUGGAAUUCAAGGAGAACCUGCGCUUUGAGCUGGAGAACGACACAGGCGAUCUCUCCCUGGACCCUGACACGGCCAACCCCUACCUGGUGCUGUCGGAGGACAAGCGGAGUGUGCGGCUCCGCGGGGCCCCCCAGGAGCUGCCGGCUCAUCCCAAACGCUUCGACUAUGCCUUCUGCGUCCUGGCCUCCGAGGGCUUCUCUGCCGGCCGCCACUACUGGGAAGUGGAAGUGGGAGAUGGGGAGAGCUGGGUGCUGGGAGCCGCUCGCGAGUCUGUGCGCCGCAAGGAGAAGGUUGACUUCGCCCCCGAGGAGGGAAUUUGGGCGGUGGGGCUCAACUGGAAGGGCAAAAAUUGGGAUCAGUACCAGGCGUUCACCUCUCCCGAGACACCACUGUCCCUGUGUGAGCGGCCACGCAAGAUUGGGGUGUACCUGGACUAUGAGGGCGGGUGGGUGGCGUUCUACAACGCUGACAACAUGGCUCCCAUCUUCACCUUCACCGCCGCCUUCUCUGAGAGGAUCUUCCCAUUUUUCUGGCUCUUCUACGUGGGCUCCUCUCUGUCCCUCUGCAAUUGAGCCCGCCCCACUCUUGUGUGUUGUUCCCCUCUCCCCCAUCAUCCUUAAGUUUUCCUUGGCUUCCAAACAAAACGCCCCAAAUCCUCCCCUUGGUCAUUCAGGGGGACCUUUUUUUCCUGUUGCAGUUAAAAGUUUGGAGUCUUUUUACCCCCAGAAUCUUCCUCAGGGGGCAUUGUGUGGGUGAGGGGGGCUGCUUGAGUACCCCCUCCCAGUUACUGGUUGAACACCCCUGCAGUUCAUUUUGUGUUUUUCGUUAGAGUUGGAGCCCCAUGUAACAGGGAGAGGCCAAUCCCAUCCCACCUUGAACUGUAGCCAAAGCUUUGCAUUGUUCCUCCCCCCUAAAAUGCCAUGGGGGAAGGAGGGGUCUCCUCCCAGCCCCUCCAGUUUGGACACCAUUGCUUUGUGGGUCAUCUUUUAGCCAUCCCAUCCCCCCUGGGGAAAGGGCCAAGCCCAUCCUGCUGUCGCUGAGUGACCACCCCAUCUCCCCUAUUGCCCCCUCAUUUCUCUCCCUCCUCCCUGCCUUUUCCCCACGUUCUUGUGCCCCAAGUUCCCCCAUUGCCCUCCACGUCCCUCUUAGGCCCCCCAUCAGCCCCUCCCUUCUCGCUGUCUCCUCUCCCCCAUUGCCCCCCCAUUUCUCUCCUCAUCCCCCCAUCUCCCCCUUGCUUCCCGCAAACUCUGAGCCCCCAGAGCAUCGAGAUCCUGGCAAGGGGACAUGGAUAUUUGGGGCCACCCCAGACCCAGGCUGGGGUCUGCCGUGGGCUUUUGGGAGGCCGGGGGGAGUCCCUGUUCUAGGUGUGAUAUUGCCCUUGCCCGCUCCCCUCGUCCUCCCCCCACCCCCCCCGCUGUUUGUGUUCCUUGCCCUGUCACUGUUAGUGGGGAAAUAAAAGUUGCUGUGCAAAAAAAACCCUAAAACCUGAUAUUUUUG